AUGUCAAAAGUUAUAAAAACAAUUAUUGAAAAACGCACAAAUAAUCUAAGCUACGAGGCUUCAAAACUGCAAUGCGAUAAACCAAACAUACGCUCCACAACUGAAAAAUUUAUGAUUGUUGGUUUAGGGAAUAACAAAUCAUCUCAGACUCGACACAGUGUUGGCCUGCAAGUACUUGAUUGUCUUGCUGAUAAGUUGAACCUUGACUGGGUAGAUGAUAUUGAUAAUGUUGCUGGACAUUUUGCUAUGCGUAAUCUUGAUGAUGUUAGUCUUAUUCUCCUCAAGCCACAAUUGCCAAUGAUGGUCAAUGGAACAAGUGUCUCCAAAGCAGCUCGUCACUUCUGUGUACCACCUGAAAAUGUUUACUUGAUCCAUGAUGAUAUUGCACACAAAAUUGGAAAGAUUACCCUAAAAGAUGGAGGUUGUGCCAAUGGUCACAAUGGAGUGAGGUCUGUACUUCAUGCACUUGACACAGAGAAAUUAACCAGACUGAAGAUUGGAAUUGAUUGUCCCCCUACAAAAGACAAAGUGGCACUUUAUCUUAAUGAACAAUUUUCUCCUGCGGAGCAACAAAUUUUGGGAGAUGUUCUUGAAUUUAAUUAUAAGCUUUUCUUCCUUUUUCUUCUUCCUUGCUCUUCAAUAGACUGUCUUUUUAUAGCCCUAACAAGUAGUUAG